CUGUUGUGUUUUGGGAAUCCUAAUGGGAGGCUCUAUUUCUUCCAGAGCUGUAAGGACUUCACCCUGAGGCUGGCCGACAGUGUGAGGCGCCAGAGGUUUGGAGCCAUCACCCCGGGCUUCGAUUUAAUGCUCGCUCUGAGGGAGGGGAUGGAGGAGAUUCUGCCCGGAGAUGCUCACCAUCUGGCCUCGGAACGCCUUUACGUCUCCAUAACGCACUACAAAAGUGGCAGAAACCACCUCGUGUCCAGGUUUGACUCGAGAGAGGAACUCCUAAAGGUAACUUUAGGUCCUUUUAAGUUCUAG